ACUCAUUAAAAAAUCUGUAAAAAAAAAUUGAAGAGAAGUCUCCUAAGUCAAUCUGCAGAUCUGCUCCUCUGUCAUCUCCUUCAGUACUUCUGUCCCUUCAACUUCUUUUUCUCGCAUCUUGAGUUUUCACAAAAUCAAUUCAAGAUAAUGCAAGUUCACUCUCAUCACUUUUUUAUCUAUUUAAACUAUCUAUUUUAUGCAAAAUUUAAAGCACUAAUUAAAAAUCUCACAAGAUUAUUAAUUUUUAAAUCUGAUUUUCCCAAACAUAAAAACAAAGAAUAAAUUUUAACAAAAUCAUUCCUCUUAAACCAAAAAACUUAACCCAAAUCAUAAAACUCACAAAUCAAACUAAAAUAAACAAAACCCAUCAAAGAAAUCAAGAAAGAGUGAGCUAUACUCACACAAAAACAACACAAAUACUUCCAAAAGUUCCACCCUCUAUGAUUGAGAUUAAAAAACACUCAUCCCUUGACCUUUCACAAACAAAAAGUGUAGAACUUAAAUGAAAGAAAGAAAGAAAGAAAGAAAGAAAGAAAGAAAAAUAGAAUGAGGAGGAGGAAGGACAACAAGAGGGAUAGAGAAGGAGGAGGAGGAGUGGGAAUUUCCUAUUUUCUCAAAUCCAAGAAUCCUGGUUAUCUGAUCUAUUGCCUGACAGAGGAGGAAGUACAACAAGAGGGAUAGAAAAAAUGGAGGAGAGGAGUUGAAAAAGCAGGGGCAAAGAACAAAAGUAAAAGGAGACGGAACUGACUAUAAUUGGUAUCUGGUUUAUAUGUUUAGUCUUUUGCUAUGUGGCAAAAAAUUAAGGAAGAGUGGUGAAGUGAGUGCUGAAGGGUGAUUGUCCUUCGCAACUGCAAAACCAUAUAACUUUGAAUUUCCAUUCCUUUCUUCUCACUUUAGUUCUACCUCUAGUCUAAAGUGUUUCUCUCUGACUUCUUCUCUAUCCUCCACUCAUUCACAUAUACACUAACAACUUCCCAGUGGGCUUAAAUAUGAUUUUGGGAGCUUAACUUAGAGAUAUUGAAUAGAACUUGAUAAAAUAGUUAGAGCAAU